UCUUUUUUCCCGGAAAGCACUUUUACGCGUCAAAAAAUCGUGGUUGCUUCACAUUACCUCCCACAUUAAAACCCAGGAAAAUCCGAGGGGAAAAAAGGGCCAGAGAGAAAGAGAUCGAGUUUUCAUGAGAUGGGUUUAGUGGGUAUUCUCAAGUUUGCAUUCAAAUGCUUCGACUUGCUUGCUUGGCCUCUCUUUGGUCUGGGCUGCCCUCUGUAUGCCUCUAUUCAGGCAAUCGAGAAUAAUUCCAACUUGAAGAUGCGAAAUUUGGCGGCAUAUUGGAUUCUUUUCUCUCUGGUUUCUCUCUUUGAGCUUGCUUUUGUGAAACUUACUGAAUGGCUUCCAUUCUGGCCUUACCUGAAGGUAAUAGCCAUGUGCUUGUUGGUUCUACCUGAUUUUAAUGGUGCAUCUUAUGUUUAUGAGUGCUUGCUUCGCCCGUGCUUAUCUGUGGAUCCGCGAACUGCUAUGAAAUACUUAAUUAAACCGAAGGAGGAAAAAUCUCUAAAUGCCGAAAACUUUCUAGCUGUGGCAGAGAGGUAUGUUCAAGAGAACGGAUCUGAAGCUUUGGAAAAACUCCUUGAUCGGAAGUCCAAGCAUACAAAGCCUGACAUUGGCGUGGAAGAGAUCAAGUCAAUGACUAAUACAGAGGAAAGGGAUACAGCUGCAGCAACACAGUUCAAAUACGAAGAACCUGAUGUUGUCAAGGUGGAUGCUAGAGCAGGGGCACUACCAGAGAAAAGUCCAGUAGCUGCAACAAAAUUGUCCAAAGUGAAAGAGCCUCGUGUGGCUAAGGAGAAUGCCAAUGUGGGGGAAUUGAAGGAUGAAAGUCCAGCUGCAGUUGCAACAGAACAGGAAGCAAGAUUAGCAACUGCAAAAUCAAAUCUCAACUCACCUCAUUGGCAGGUUAAGUGUGUAGAGCCAAAUCGUGCUCAAAAUGAGAAGAAAACAGUUGCCGCUGGGGAAAUCAAAGAGAAGACAGUGGCAACAGCUGGUGGAGAGAGCAAAGCCGUGGAGAUAAUCGAUUCGGAGAAAGUUCAGAGAGAGUGGACUUGUGCUAAAAGCAAGUCAGCAAGUGAACGAAAGCAAGGGAGAAGACACAAGGCUCGAGAGCUGAAAGCAAGUCAGCAAGUGAACGAAAGCGAGGGUUCCUCCUCUUUGUUCCAGUCCAAGCAUACAAAGCCUGACAUCGGCGUGGAAGAGAUCAAGGAAAUGACUAAUACAGAGGAGAAGGAAAUUGCUGCAGCAACCCAGUUCAAAUACGAAGAACCUAAUGUUGUCAAGGUGGAUGCUAGAGCAGUGGCACUGCCAGAGAAAAGUCCAGUAGCUGCAACAAAAUUGUCCAAAGUGAAAGAGCCUCAUGUUGCUAAGGAGAAUGCCAAUGCAGGGGAAUUGAAGGAUGAAAGUCCAGCAGUUGCAACAGAACAGGAAGCAAGAUUAGCAACCGCAAAAUUAAAUAUCAACUCACCUCUUUGGCAGGUUAAGUGUGUAGAGCCAAAUCUUGCUCACAAUGAGAAGAAAACGGUUGCCGCUGGGGAAAUAAAAAAAAAGACAGUGGCAACAGCUGGUGGAGAGAGCAAAGCCGUGGAGAUAACCGAUCCAGAGAAAGUUAAGAGAGUCUGGACUUGUGCUUUAUGUCAGGUGACCACCAUAGGUGAGAAGAUGUUGGAAUAUCAUCUUCAAGGGAGAAGACACAAGGCUCAAGAGCUGAAAGCAAGUAAGCAAGUGAACGAAAGUGAGGGUUCCUCCUCUUUGUUUCAGUCCAAGCAUACAAAGCCUGACAUUGGCGUGGAAGAGAUCAAGGAAAUGACGAAUACAGAGGAGAAGGAAACAGCUGCAGCAAUCCAGUCUAAAUAUGAAGAACCUGAUGUUGGCAAGGUGGACGCCAGAGCAGUGGAACUACCAGAGAAAAGUCCAGUAGCUGCAACAAAAUUGUCCAAUGUGAAAGAGCCUCAUGUAGAUAAGGAGAAUGCCAAUGCGGGGGAAUUGAAGAAUGAAAGUCCAGAAGUUGCAACGGAACAGUCCAAAUACGAAGAACCUAAUGUUGGCAAGGUAGAUGCUAGAGCAGUGGAACAACCAGAGAAAAGACCAGUCGCUGCAACAAAAUUGUCCAAAUACGAAGAACCUAAUGUUGGCAAGGUGGAUGCUAGAGCAGUGGAACAACCAGAGAAAAGACCAGUAGCUGCAACAAAAUUGUUCAAAUACGAAGAACCUGAUGUUGUCAAGGUGGAUGCUAGAGCAGGGGCACUACCAGAGAAAAGUCCAGUAGCUGCAACAAAAUUGUCCAAAGUGAAAGAGCCUCAUGUGGCUAAGGAGAAUGCCAAUGUGGGGGAAUUGAAGGAUGAAAGUCCAGCUGCAGUUGCAACAGAACAGGAAGCAAGAUUAGCAACUGCAAAAUCAAAUCUCAACUCACCUCAUUGGCAGGUUAAGUGUGUAGAGCCAAAUCUUGCUCAAAAUGAGAAGAAAACAGUUGCCACUGGGGAAAUCAAAGAGAAGACAGUGGCAAUAGCUGGUGGAGAGAGCAAAGCCGUGGAGAUAAUCAAUUCGGAGAAAGUUCAGAGAGAGUGGACUUGUGCUAAAAGCAAGUCAGCAAGUGAACGAAAGCAAGGGAGAAGACACAAGGCUCGAGAGCUGAAAGCAAGUCAGCAAGUGAAGGAAAGCGAGGGUUCCUCCUCUUUGUUUCAGUCCAAGCAUACAAAGCCUGACAUUGGCGUGGAAGAGAUCAAGGAAAUGACUAAUACAGAGGAGAAGGAAAUUGCUGCAGCAACCCAGUUCAAGUACGAAGAACCUAAUGUUGUCAAGGUUGAUGCUAGAGCAGUGGCACUGCCAGAGAAAAGUCCAGUAGCUGCAACAAAAUUGUCCAAAGUGAAAGAGCCUCAUGUUGCUAAGGAGAAUGCCAAUGCAGGGGAAUUGAAGGAUGAAAGUCCAGCUGUUGCAACAGAACAGGAAGCAAGAUUAGCAACCGCAAAAUUAAAUCUCAACUCACCUCUUUGGCAGGUUAAGUGUGUAGAGCCAAAUCUUGCUCACAAUGAGAAGAAAACGGUUGCCGCUGGGGAAAUAAAAAAAAAGACAGUGGCAACAGCUGGUGGAGAGAGCAAAGCCGUGGAGAUAACCGAUCCAGAGAAAGUUAAGAGAGUGUGGACUUGUGCUUUAUGUCAGGUGACCACCACAGGUGAGAAGAUGUUGGAAUAUCAUCUUCAAGGGAGAAGACACAAGGCUCAAGAGCUAAAAGCAAUUAAGCAAGUGAACGAAAGUGAGGGUUCCUCCUCUUUGUUUCAGUCCAAGCAUACAAAGCCUGACAUUGGCGUGGAAGAGAUCAAGGAAAUGACUAAUACAGAGGAGAAGGAAAUUGCUGCAGCAACCCAGUUCAAAUACGAAGAACCUAAUGUUGUCAUGGUGGAUGCUAGAGCGGUGGCACUGCCAGAGAAAAGUCCAGGAGCUGCAACAAAAUGGUCCAAAGUGAAAGAGCCUCAUGUUGCUAAGGAGAAUGCCAAUGCAGGGGAAUUGAAGGAUGAAAGUCCAGCAGUUGCAACAGAACAGGAAGCAAUAUUAGCAACCGCAAAAUUAAAUCUUAACUCACCUCUUUGGCAGGUUAAGUGUGUAGAGCCAAAUCUUGCUCACAAUGAGAAGAAAACGGUUGCUGCUGGGGAAAUAAAAAAAAAGACAGUGGCAACAGUUGGUGGAGAGAGCAAAGCCGUGGAGAUAACCGAUUCAGAGAAAGUUAAGAGAGUGUGGACUUGUGCUUUAUGCCAGGUGACCACCAUAGGUGAGAAGAUGUUGGAAUGUCAUCUUCAAGGGAGAAGACACAAGGCUCAAGAGCUGAAAGCAAGUAAGCACGUGAACGAAAGUGAGGGUUCCUCCUCUUUGUUUCAGUCCAAGCAUACAAAGCCUGACAUUGGUGUGGAAGAGAUCAAGGAAAUGACUAAUACAGAGGAGAAGGAAACAGCUGCAGCAAUCCAGUCCAAAUACGAAGAACCUAAUGUUGGCAAGGUGGAUGCGAGAGCAGUGGAACUACCAGAGAAAAGUCCUGUAGCUGCAACAAAAUUGUCCAAAGUUAGCGAGCCUCAUGUUGAUAAGGAGAAUGCCAAUGCGAGGGAAUUGAAAGAUGAAAGUCGGAGUCCAGCAGUUGCAACAGAACAGGUCAAUUGUGUAGAGCCAAAUCUUGCUCAAAAUGAGAAGAAAGCUGUUGCCACUACGGGGCAAUUGAAGGGCGAAAAUCCAGCAGUUGCAACAGAACAGGUCAAUUGUGUAGAGCCAAAUCUUGCUCAAAAUGAGAAGAAAGCUGUUGCCACUACGGGGCAAUUGAAGGGUGAAAAUCCAGCAGUUGCAACAGAACAGGUGAAGUGUGUAGAGCCAAAUCUUGCUCAAAAUGAGAAGAAAACAGUUGCCGCUGGGGAAAUUAAAGAGAAGACAGUUGCAGCAGCUGGUGGAGAGAACAAAGCCGUCGAGAUAACCGAUUCAGAGAAAGUUCAGAGAGAGUGGGCUUGUUCUUUAUGCCUGGUGACAUUCCCGUGUGAGAAGAACUUGGAUUCUCAUCUUCAAGGGAGAAAACACAAGGCCAAGUUUAAAAAGCUGAAAGCAAGUAAGCAAGUGAACAAAAACAAGGGUUCCUCCUCUUCAGCAGCCAGUUUGGAGCCAAAAAAUAGAACCAAGAUACAAGAACAAAAGGUGCUAUCAAAGGUGAUACUGGAUGAUUGGAAGAGGCUCUACUCAAAUACCAAGACCAACUUCCGUGAAGUUGCAAUCAAAGGUUUCUGGGACAUGUACGAUCCGGAGGGAUACUCUCUUUGGUUCUGUGACUACAAAUACAAUGACGAGAAUACUGUUUCAUUCGUGACCCUAAACAAGGUUGGUGGAUUUCUUCAACGGAUGGAUCUGGCUCGAAAGUUUGCCUUUGGGAAGAUGCUGAUUAUCGGGUCAGAGCCCCCAUUCAAGGUGAAGGGGCUCUGGCUUUUCCACGGUCAGCAAAUACCGCAAUUCAUAAUCGAUGAGUGCUAUGACAUGGAGCUCUAUGAUUGGAAGAAGGUUGACAUAAGCGAUGAAGACCAGAAGGAGAGGGUGAAUCAGAUGAUAGAGGAUCAGGAGCCCUUUGAAGGAGAGGCACUUUUGGAUGCCAAGUGCUUUAAGUGAUGAUAGCCUCAGUUAAAUCAGCUUAGUUUUGGUCAUGUACAUUGUCUUUGUUGGGAGUAGAUGAUUUGUGCUCUUCUAUUCAAAUGUUUAGCAGUUUAGGUAACGUUAGUCUUUUGAGGAUUUAAGGACGUAACAUUAUGGUUUUGUAUAGCUUUGGAACUU